UUCUAUUUUUUUUUAUCCGAAGGUGAAUUCUGGAGCCUGUGCCCUUCGAGAUUCGAAGGAAAGAAACAGUGUAACAAUGGCCGCCGCUGUGCGGAAACUGCUUAGGAAGCCAUCGUACCAGAGAAUCCUUCCCUGCCUCAACAAUGGAAAAUCGUCCAAUCUUGUAGCUCCUCCACUGCUUCACAAGCCCUAUCUCCCAGAGACCAAAUUCGACGCUGAACCUAACCUAAACCCUUGCCAGGGUUCAUCAACCACAGAGAAUCAUACUCAUUACAGUAGCUUUCAGAUUUACCCUAGUUUUCCAUUUGGGUAUUGCUUGAACCCCAUUCCAUCACCCGUGCUCGAACAAUCUCAGCCAUUGAAGGUCGAGGAGGUCGACUCCGAUGACUCGCGUACGAUUUGGGCUGACAGUGUCAAGAAGAAGAGGAAGAAGAAGAUGAACAAGCACAAGUACAAGAAGCUUCGGAAGCGUCUUCGCCGCCGAACCUAAGAAAGGUGGCUUGUGCCUCAAA